GACGGCGGCCACUUCUUCCUCCUCCUCCUCCUCCCCGGGCUCGCGGGUUUUGUUCACACCCCACCGCAGAGGGUUGGUUCAUCUCUCGUCGGACUCGGAAACUCGCGGACUUGGCGUACCCACCCAACCCCACCCUUCCUCCUCCUCGCCUUUUUUUUUUUGCAACUUCCUCCUCCUCGCCUCGCCUCGCACCGCACUCGCGCCAGCAGUAAGUAGUAACGCCUCGGGCCAAAAACCCAAACCCAAACCCAAACCCCCAGAAUAAGCAAGCGAUUCCCCCCAAACCCCUUCCAUUACCGUCCUCCGAUUUCGCAUGCCUGUGCCGGCCGCCUAGCCCAGCCCAGCCUUCCCAUGGCGCCGGGUGGAGGGGGCGCGCUGCCGGCGGUCAUGGCGCGGUCCGUGCCGGGGCCCGCGGCGAUCCCGGCCGCGGCCAUGGCCAGCGCCGAGGUGGCGGCGGCAGAGGUGGUGCGCCGCGUCCAGCCCACCCAGGCCUCGGACCGCCGCCGCGCGGAGGUCGUCGACCACGCGCGGAGGAUCGUCGGAACCGCGCUCGGAUGCGAGGUCUUUGUAUUUGGUUCAGUUCCAUUGAAGACUUAUCUUCCCGAUGGGGACAUUGAUUUAACUGUAAUUGGAAAUACAUCUUGCGGUAGUACUUUGAUUGAUGAUGUUUACCACAUACUUGAGUCGGGGGAGGAGAAUGGUGAUGCUGAAUUUGAAGUGAAGGACUUGGAACACAUUGAUGCAGAGGUCAGACUCAUUAAAUGCACUAUUGGAAAUAUUAUCGUUGAUAUCUCAUUCAACCAAACUGGAGGAAUCUGUGCAGUCUCCUUCCUUGAGCUGGUUGACCGCAAAGUUGGGAAAAAUCAUCUAUUUAAACGGAGCAUUAUAUUAAUCAAGGGAUGGUGUUAUUAUGAAAGUCGCCUACUAGGAGCUCAUCAUGGGCUUAUAUCAACUUAUGCGUUGGAGACACUUAUCCUAUACGUCUUUAAUCUAUUCCACAAAUCUCUCCAUGGUCCCCUGGAGGUUUUGUAUAGGUUUCUGGAAUAUUUUAGCAAGUUUGACUGGGACAAAUACUGCAUAAGUCUAAAUGGCCCUGUUGCUUUAUCGUCUUUGCCUAACUUAAUUGUUGAAGGUUUAAAUGUACCUGGCGAUGACUUGCUGUUUGACAGAGAGUUCCUUGACAACUCAGUGGAAAAAGCAUCUGCACCUCCAAGAAAUUCUGAUGCACGCUGUUCCAAAUUCCGUGUGAAAUGUCUAAACAUAAUUGAUCCGCUGAAGGAGUGCAACAAUCUUGGCAGAAGUGUGAACAGAGCGAAUUUCCAUCGUAUUCGGACUGCUUUCUCGUUUGGUGCUCGAAAGCUUGGUCAAAUUCUUAUGUUACCACCGGAACUUAUUCCUGAUGAUAUCUUUGCAUUUUUCAAAAAUACCUUGGAGAGGAAUGAAAACGGAGUAAGGUCAGAUAUUGACCAUGUGGGCGCAUUUCAUUAUCAGCCCUUCCUUGGUCCCAGCAACCAACUCUUGGAUGACAUGUCAUGCAUGCAGAUUUCUUACAAGGAGGACGAAAAAAGUCGUCCUCGUGUUUCAAAGACACUAGCUGAGCAUGCAGUAAGUGUCAGAAUAAACGUGCCUACUCAGGGUGGAUGUUUUCCAGGAGAUGACUCGUUGGCAGCAAGUACUGAUCUGAGUGCAAGAUUAUCCCACUGUGUCCAUCAUGAACCGAAUGACCAUGCGUAUGUUUUUCACGAAAAUAGAAAUGGUGCCACCAAACAGUACUAUGUGGCCGCUGAGAUGGAUGGAGAGGAAUCUCGCUAUGCAGCUGAAGCCUCUAUGGGUGACAAAUCACUGAUACAGCCACAGCAUCAUGCACACUAUUCGUCACAUAUAUUGCACUCUAUCCAUGGCAGAGAUUUAGGACUUCCAAAACCUGGUCCCAUAAAAAAGGAGAAUUUAACUGGAACUUCACUCCAUGUGGAAGAUAAUCUCCAUCCACUGUCAUUAUUGAACUUGUCGGAUCUAUCAGGGGAUUUGGAAUCACAGUUGAGAUGCCUCCGUCAAGUUCAGUACAACUUAGAAUACUUGUUCGAUGAAUUUUCGCAGUCUGCCCAAGAAGCAUCUUCUGACUGUAAGGUUGACAAGGAUUUGUUUGAGAUUCUAAAUCGUGGCAUCUUGUUAAGUACUGAUAAGGCGCUACCUGGGCUAUUGCCGCCUUCAUAUACUGAAACGAAUGGAAUGAAGUUAUCUCCAGUUUCUUCUCAUAGCACUGAAGUUUCACAGCAAUCACAGGACGAGGACAACUGGGGUGUGCCCUUUCAGUUGAAUGCCUGUGGAAUAGACGUCCCAUCUAAUGGAUUAUCGCCAUCUUAUAUUGCUGAUUCAGAUAUUUCUGUUUCGUGGUGGCAUAGAUCAGAAGCUAUACCCAAUAUGCGUGAAACAGUUGGAUAUAUUCAUGAAAAGAACAUGGCAUCUAUAGGAGAGAAAGGGAAGGUCCUGAUCAAUCAACCAGUGCAGAUUGAAAUCAACCAGGCCACGAUUCCAAAACGAAGUUUCGUCCCUUGCCAGGAGCAAGUAGCGCCAGACACUGGGACCAAGGAAAUAAGGAUAAGUCGGUCAUUGGGAAUUGGUGAUGGCCUAAAUGGAUAUGCUCGCUCAGGUAUGAAGAAGACUGAAAAGCACAGUGGUCAUACUCGAAAGGAAUUUGUCAAACCUCACUGUGACGCAAGGCACACACGUAGCUUCUAUGGGGAUGUCAGCUCGAACAAAACCUUCUUCCAGAAGCGAAAUUAUGAUACUGGCAUGGAGUGUGCACUACCAGUUAGUGCAAAAUAUCAGCCAACUGAAGUUGAGGGUACUCCAGAUGAGUGGGCAUACAUGAACAAUAACUUCUUGGCCAGAAAUCAAAUCUGUGACACUCCUAAGGGGCAUGCCACAAAUCGAAGACUAACCUCCGAGCCAUUAAAACUCCAAAGCAGCAUGAGAGGCAGGGGUUUCUCGAAAAAGAACUUGGCUGCAAAACAAAAAUAUGAUGAUCACAGUGGACACCCAUCUUUUGUGAGAGAUACAAAGCAUGCACCAAAUGUGCAAGUUGUAACCAUUCUAAAUGGUUCGACAAAGGAUGUUGCCCUGAGCGAAGAAUUGAUUGAAAAUGGAACUAAACCAAGGCCGUUAUUGCCAAAUGUUUUUAUUCCUCAUGAUAGCAGGGGGAAUAACCAGCGGAUGCUUCUGGCAUCUAGUACUUGUCACUCCUCCUUCCCCGUCACAAAAGGAUAUUCUCAAUCUGGAGCCUUGGAGACACAACAAGAUAGGAUUAUUGAGUUUGGUUCUUUGGGGCCUUUCUCAUUGACAUCUCCCUCCCCAAAGUCAAACAAGACCUCACCAAAGGCAUGUGCAGACGCCUCUGCGUUGGCGUUCCAGAGCUAUAGAGCAGGUGCAACCCAAAAGAGGUCGUCAGGAUUUUACAGAAUAGGAGAUGAAGAGCAGUUCCCACCUCUCCAUGCUAGGACUCGCUGAGACUUACAGUAGCAUACAGCUGAUCAUCAUCAUAUAACUAGGAGCAAAAGAAGAGCUAACCAGUUGGUCUUUUGCGCAAAUAUGACCAUCCAUCGUAAUAGCAUACAUCUACUAGCUUGUAAAGUUACAUUGACACCUUGCAUUUCUUGCUUUCGUGUCUAUAGGUAAAGAUACCCAAAGAAAGAUUUUAGGAGCAAGGACUAAUUAUACAGUUGUAAUUUCCGUUCUCAAAAUUAGAAAUGCGUAAAAUCGGAGAAAGAGGAACCUAUCUAUGAGCUUUUCCGCUA